AUGAACAAUUUAACCUCCGACCCGAUCACAUCCUCUCCCGUCUAUUACGAUGAUCAGCCGGAGGAGGAGGAGUACUUUGAGGAGCACUCGCUCCUUCUCCACCUCCGGUUCUAUGCUCGCCACUUCAUUCCGAUCUUUUGUAUUGUCGGAAUCCUCGGUAAUUGUAUGGCCUUAAUGUUAAUACGGUAAGUUACUAUUAUUUGUUAUUGUAUUAACAUGUCAUCAUGACGAUUUUUCUAAAUUAAAAAAUUUUUGAAAACAUUGAUGACUAUUUUUUGGGUACUUUAGAACAAAUUACUGGUUGCGUCGCCUUACCUCGAACAUAUACCUCUGCACUCUUUCGAUAUGCGGGUGUCUCUUCCUCUCCACUGUCCUCAUCACCUGGCUCGACACAACUUUCGGCUUCCCUUUGUAUUCGGAUUCAGAAUUUGGAUGCAAAAUGUUCACAUUCAUGGCACAUUCGUGUGAUUUCAUUUGUGUUUGGAUGAUCAGCUGGGUUUCUUGUGACCGGGCUAUUGUCUUGUUCAGGUAUGAUUUGAAUUUUUUUAUAUUAUCCAUGAUGGCUCUGUAACCUUUUUUCUUGUACCUAAAAUAAUGUUUUUAGACCCGGGAUCCGCAAGCGAGUCUGUUCCAAGACCUUUGCUCGUCAUCUGGUCAUCUGCACCGUCCUUUUUGGUGCCACUUUAUAUGGCUGGUGCCUUGUUUUUGCCGGUCUAGAGCCUUCAGUUAAUGGGGCCACUUACUGUGGGCUGAAUUCGGAUGUAAAAGUGGCGGAUUACAACCUUCGAGAGCUCCAUAUCUUCUUCUCAUUUCUGGAUACCAUCCUGUGUACGAUUGUUCCCUCGCUUUUGAUAGUGGUCGUAAAUAGUUUGAGCAUCUACCGGUAUCGUCAAUGUAUGAAAAUCUAUUCUUCUGGGGUGCUGAGAGUUCGAUUCUUGAGGGUGCCGGAGAAUGAGGGCAACAAGGAUCUGACUGUAAGUUUUUUUUACUUAUCUUUUACUGCAAUUUAUCAAAAAAGUCUAUUUUUGAGAAUGUUUUAGGAGGAAACAACCACUGCCAAGAAGUUCCUGUUGAGUCAGCAGAGUCAGAUAACCAAUCAGCUCUCUUCCCAGAGCAGUCGCGUCUCUCAUGGAGGCAAAUUACGGUCUUCGGAUCUAACUCUCAGCCGCUCUUUGUUGAUUGUUACUAGGUAAAUUUUAUUUUUUGACGAGGGUACUGUAAGACUAAAGAAACAUUUUUGAUGACUAAUCCAAUGUUUUCAGCACAUUCGUCUUGCUGAAUGUCCCGAACUACGCUUUCCGAUUGUACGAAGCGGUCUUUAAUGUGGAGCAAACUGCCCUCUGGCAAUUCCUCUUCUUCACCACUUACCUGCUCUACUAUUUGCAUCAUGCUGUUCUCUUUUACAUGUAUAUAUUCUGGAGGUGAGGUUGAUUCCUCGAACUAUAUGAUUCUCUCAAUAAUUGUGCUUAUUCCAAUAUUUUCAGUCCUCAAAUGAAGAAACAGUUGAUGCCGACCGCCCUGAAACUUCUAGAAUGCUACUGCUUUAAAACUGUGCCUGACUUUGGCCAUCAUUCGCAAAUCUCGCUGCAAGCUCGCCGUUGA